CUGCUUACUUGUUUUCAUUCCUUCCCAUUCCCAAGCCGGCGUCCGUCAUUUCAACAGAACACUGUCAUCAUUGUUCGCUACAGGGUUUUAACCCAGACUUGAAUUAAUCUCUUAUUGGAUGGUAUAACAUGCAUUUGCCAAAUUGAUGUCAAUUUUCCUUUUCUUGCAACUUAAAGAAAUGUAGAUGUCAGUCGGCAGGACUGCAACAAAUUAUUAUUUUGAUUGAUCGAGUAACUAUAAACAAAUCGUAUUUAUCUUUUAGCUCUCAUUCAGUUCUCAGAAUUUUUCCAAACGUAAUCAGGGAGCUGUGAGAAAGGCACUUCAUGAUGUUUAAAUCCUCCAGUGAGCAAGACACACUUUCUUCUCUAAGAAAUUGUUUUUUCACAAAGGCAGUGAAGCCUAAAAACUAUGUUUAGGAACAUUAACAUUUAAGAAAAUUAACUUUUUUUGAAAUUAGAAAUUUAGUUUGAACCUCAGUGUCAAUUAUCCAUUAUAUAUUGAAUUUUUUCAUGUGUGUUUUUUUUAUUUAUUUAUUUUUUUUAGAGGCUCUUAAAAGCAUAAAUGUUUCUUCGUCUACUGGCCCCAAAACAAGAAGGUGGGCUAAAGUUGGCCUUUGAUGAUGGGAAUAAAUAUGCCCAUUACUUUGUGAUGGUCAAAUAUGCUUAAUUUGAAAACAAUUGAAAAUAAUGACACGGGGCAAAAAGUCUUUAAAUGGAUAGUUCAACCAAAAAUAAAGAAUCUGUCAUCAUUUACUCACCCUCAAGGUUUUUGGUUUAAACCUUCUGUUGAACAAAAAAUGUAUUAUUUAGAAAUAUGUUGGUAACCCAUAUAAAUGGGUUGGCAACCAAUAAAAUAAUAAAUAAAACAAAACAAAUAAAAUUCUGGAAGCCAAUGGCUACCAUCAGCUGUUUUGUUUACCAACGUCCAAUCUUCUUUCGUGGUUUGGCCAGAUCUGGAAGGCGACGAAAGCGUCACUAUAUCGUCACUACUGCCUCCUUAAAUAGACUUUUCUAUUUCUUUCUUUGAUUUUGGCAGGACGUAAUUGUAUGCGAUUGACCCUUGUGCCAGAUUCGAGGGGUUUCUUUCGCUGCGGUCAGACAGCGGGGCGGUUUCGUAGCCGUAGACGUACAGUCACAGCCGGCCAGACAAUAAAAGUGUGGGUGUUGGCUCGGUGCUUUAGUCUGGUCGUUACGAAGGCGCAGGUGCCUAGCAACUUCCUUCCCCUCCAGGAGUCUGUUGCCUAGGAGAUGAGCGGAGGUCACCUGCCAUCAUCAUGCAGUUUAUAAGUCACAGAUUUCCAGAGGAUCACGACCCCACCAUUGAGGAUGCCUAUAAAACACAGAUCCGCAUAGACGACGAGCCGGCAAACCUGGACAUCUUGGACACGGCAGGACAGGCGGAGUUCACAGCCAUGCGGGACCAGUACAUGCGAGCGGGCGAAGGCUUCAUCAUCUCGUACUCCAUCACGGACCGCCGCAGCUUCCAGGAGGCCCGUCACUUCAAGCAGCUGAUCUACCGCGUGCGGCGCACCGUCGACACCCCCGUCGUACUGGUGGGGAACAAGUCUGACCUGGCCCACCUUAGACAGGUGUCUGUAGAGGAGGGCAAGCAGCUGGCCAGGGAGUUCCAGUGCCCGUUUUUCGAGACGUCCGCCGCGUUUCGUUACUACAUCGACGAGGUGUUUGCUGCACUGGUGCGUCAGAUCCGUCAGCGCGAGGCCGAGAUGGUGCGGGGCAGCGAGAGGAAAACCCGCCGCAGCCAUUCCUUCUGGAGCCGCCUCAAAGCCCCCUUCCAUAAGAAACAGCAGUCCGAGCACUGAGAAGAAGGCUCUCUCAGUCCCAUCUCCCUCGGAUGGCUUCUGUCUGAUUGUCUGCAACGAUGCACUCAUCCCAAUCAUUAGACUAAACCCUCGCUCUCAUCAUUCGGGACGUGGGCUGAUUUACUGAUAUUAGGGAUCCAGAAAGACUUAGUAAACCUGACCCUAGUUAUUAUUUUUCUCUUUUUGGACAGCAUUAUACGUCGCGAAGGUGAACGCUGUACCUCGUAUUUUAACCGAUGGGAAUGAAGAAUGAAGAUUUGUGGGGGGGUUUUUGAAGUAAGGAGAGGUCGGAGAUGUGCAUGUUGGAAUAAAAUGAAGGACGGAGGUGUUUGGGAGAGCUCGUUGCACAGGGCGGAAAGAAGGAAAAGAAAGUGGCGAGGGUUUGCGGUAGAAAUACUAACCUGCCAGUAUAUGAGUACUGUGAACCAUUCCUUUUGUUAGACACAUUCACACACCCUUGCUGUAGCAAAUCUGUUCUUUAGCUUCUUUUUAAAAAAACGUGUGAAUAAUAACAUGUCCGGGUCACAUUUCACCCCUAAAGUGUGACCUUUCUAUUAAAUAUUAUUGAAUAAAUAAUUAAUUAGAUGGGAUGCAUUGCAAAUUAUUUUCAUAACUGGAAGCACAUUUCCCCCCAAAUACUGGGAUGUCACAAUUAUUACUUGUUUUUUACAUUUAGAUCAUCAUUACAGUAGUAUUUCACAACUUAAUAUAUUUUUCAUUUUACAGUAAUGAUUUUUUUUUUUACUUUAAUGCAAAUGUAAUAGUGGGGUUGCUUUAUUGUCAUGGAAUUUGCUCCAAAUUAUAUAAAUACAUUUUAUUUUGACCUGAAAUAUUACCUGGACAUGUGCGAUUCAGUCAACUAGGAUGUAUUUGAUGAAAACUGAGCUGAAUGAACUGGUUGCAAAAUACACUGUAUGAAUGACCUUUUUUUUGUUUUUUAUUAUUAUUACUCUUUUUGCCGAGCAAUAUUCAGGUCCGACUUUAAGCACAUUAAUAUGCUGACCGACUUGAUUAUGAUUGAAAACGAAAUUGUUUCCUUUUUCCACAGGGCCAUUUUUAUUCCAGUGGUUUCUGCAGUCAUUGUGUAGGAAACGAAAGACUACAAUGUGGCUCAUGAUUUCCUCUCACGCACGCUGUGCACUUACUGCGCUUCACGUACAUGAAUAGAAUGUCUGUUCAUUUUGGCAUUUCAUGCAAAUUCAUGUCAUAGUUUUUCUUGUGAUUAUUAGAUUUUAUUUUUAAGCAGAAUGGGUUUACUAUAUUUUCCUUUAUUUAUUGUUAUCAGAGAUUCUCAAAUAAAAUUCACUUUACCAAUCUA